UUCCCUGCGUCCUGAAGCGUCGAUGCAGGAUGCACAGCACUACUUGACCGGACCAAAACCUCAUAUGAUCAACCUCGGUGGUCGCUUCAAGUCGUCUCAGUGCACGUGGAAGCUUCUCGGUCUACUUUAGCCUUGCUUAGUCGCUAAGCUACCAGAGGGACGCGUUCGGGACUAAAAUGUGCGCGAGAAGAACAGCGGUAAUGUUAGAGAAAGACUUCUGGGGAGCAAAGGAAGAGCCACGACGUCCACUUGCCUUCAAUUGGCCAGACAUGAAAGAGGAAGCAGAUGAGUUUGAAUCCCCUGAUUUUAAAGGGGAAGAGUGGCGCCACAUUAAAAAGGAAGAGUCCGAGAGCCUUUUUAUCAAAGAGGAAGAAGGGGACAAAAGUCCGAGUGAGGUGAACAGAGGGGCCGACCCUCCCGGCUCCCGCGCAGACGGCUUGAUAGCGCCGCUACCAGAAAGCGACGCCGCCACAUCGCACUCUCCUCACGCAGACGGCGAAGAGACCGAAGACGACGGUGACGAGAAACGCUGGAAAUGCUCCGCGUGUGAAAAAAGCUACGGCUACGAGUCCGCUUUGAAAAGGCAUUGGAGGAGCCACAGCGGAGAGAAACCUUUCCCCUGCCCAGUUUGCGGUCAAAGAUUCUCCCAGCAGGGAAACUUAAAAAGACACACGAGAAGCCACUCCGGAGAGAAAAGUUUCGCCUGCCCGGAUUGCGGUCGACGGUUCACCGGGAGGGGGAGCCUGCUAAGUCACGCCAGGACGCACACCGGAGAGAAACCUUUUGCCUGCUCGCUCUGCGCCCAGACAUUCUCCAAUAAGGAGAAACUGCUACGUCACGUCAGAACGCACACCGGAGAGAAACCUUUUGUCUGCUCAGAUUGCGGGCAAAGAUUCUUUGAAAGGGGAACUUUAAGAAUACACGCACGGACUCACACCGGCGAGAAACCUUUCGCAUGCUCGCUUUGCGGCCAAAGAUUCUCUCAGAAGGGAAGCUUAGGGAUUCACAUGAGAACACACACAGGCGAGAAAACCUUCCAAUGCCCCGUUUGUUUGAAAAGUUUCUCUGAAAAGGGAACUUUGAUAAGACACGCGAGAACGCACACGGGCGAGAAACCUUUUUCCUGCUCCGUCUGCGGUCAAAGAUUCGCUGAGAAAGGAACUUUAAAAAGGCACGCGAGGACGCACAGUGGAGAGAAACCAUUCGUUUGCUCCGUUUGCGGCCAAAGCUUUUCUGAUAAGGGAACUUUAAAAAGACACGUGAGAACGCACGACCGCGACAAACCUUAAUUUUUUCAGUCCCGACGGAACAUGUCCAAUUAUGUGGCGUCCAAUCAUCCUUCUGCUGUGAACUGAAAUGACUUCAUCAAUAGUAGACGUCCAAUCCAUUUGAAGUGGUGCUUGAAAUUCUUGAAAAUGCUUGGAUUUUAAUGAGUGCUGCAAUGAUUAAUUGAUUAAUUCGAUUUGAGAAAUUCGAGUAUUUGUUUAGAGUGGCGUUGUAAUGGUUUGUUUUGAAAGUCUUUGCAGUUUUAUUGAUAUGCGCGGUUAAACUGUCCUCCAGAGCAGGGCCAGCCCAGCCUAUACGCAGACUAUGCAGCUGCUUAGGGCCCCUGAGCACUAGGGCCCCCCCAAUCUGGCAAUUGUUUAAUUUAUAUUCUAUUUUGUUUACUAGUUUGCUUUGUUUGACUUUUAUGAGUUUUGAUACUUGAUUACAAGCUCAAAAAAAAAAUAAAAGUUCUUCCUUAACUUCUUUCUUUCCCAUUUUAGAAAAAGGUUUGCCGCUAUCUACUGUAAGUACUGACAAUCAUUUGGGGUGAGAAGUUUGAAGUAUGCAGUGCAACAAAAUCUGAUUAAUAUACAAAAUAUGGACGUGUGGGUUGGAUUGCAUGUAUGGGUUUCACAGUACAUUGUGAGGAAAUGGUGGGCCAAAAAUAUGGGCCCCUUUGCAUUAUUUUGCUUAGGGCUCGCAAAUGGCCUGGGCCAGCCCUGCUCCAGAGGCAAAGUGAAUACAACAAAACUCAUUUAACAUGGCUGAGUCCAGCUGCUUCCAGUUAAGACAAACAGAAGUUUUUGUUUAAGCUAAUAUGUUUUUUUUUUUUUUUAAUGCAUUUGUAAUUUAGUUUAUAGGUGUAUUUAGCCGUUUUUAGUACUGGUGCUUUUUGAGGUGUGUUUUGGGUCAUUGUCCUGCUGGAAGACUAUGACCUGUGAGAGAGACCCAGCUUCCUCACACCGGGCCCUACAUUAUGCUGCAAAAUUUGUUGGUAGUCUUCAGACUUCAUAAUGCCAUGCACACAGUCAAGCAGUCCAGUACCAGAGUUAGCAAAGUAACCCCAAAACAUCAGGGAACCUCCUCCAUGUUUGACUGUGGGGACCGUGUUCUUUUAUUUGAAGGCCUCGUUUUUUCCCUGUAAACUCUAUGUUGAUGCCUUUUCCCUCUUUUGUCUCAUCAUCGUUUUUUGGCUUUCUCAUGCAAGUUUGGCAAACUCCAGCCUAGCUUUUUUACAUCUCUGGUUCAGAAAUGGUGUCUCCCUGGGAAUCCUACCAUAGACACCCUUUUCAUUCAGAUGCAGAUGGAUAGUAUGGGUUGACACUGUUGUACCUUCGGACUACAGGACAGCUUGAUCUUGUUUGCUUCCUUCAGAUGUUAGUCGGGGUGCUUCAUCCACCAUCCGCACAAUCUUUCGUUGAAAUCUGUCAUCAAUUUUUCUUUUCCGUUUACAUCUAGGGAGGUUAGCCACAGUGCCAUGGACUUAACACUUAUUGAUGACACUGCGCACAUAAGACAGAGAAACAUUCAGGUCUUUGAAGAUGGACAUGUAGCCUUGAGAUUGCCCCUGAUGCUUCCUGAUAAAUUUUGCUUCUCAAGUCCUCAGACAGUUCUUUGGUCUUCUUUAUUUUCUCCAUGCUCAAUGUGGUACACACAAGGACACAGGACAGAGGUUGAGUCAACUUUAAUCAUUUUAACUGGCUGCAAGUGUGAUUCAGUUAUUGCCACCACUUGCUAUGUGCCACAGGUAAGUAACAGAUACUGUUAAUUACACACAUUAUAGAAGCAUCACAUGAUUUUUCAAAGGGUGCCAAUACUUUUGUCCAAUCCAUUUUUUGGAGUUUUCUGUAAAAAAAAUUUUUUUAAAUUCCCAUUCUCUUUUGUUUUUUCAUUGCAAGCAAAAUCAAUGAAGAUAUUACUACCAAAGCAUUUGUUAUUACAAUCAUUUUCUGGAAGAAAUUGAGCAUUAUCUGACAGAAUUGCUGGAGUGCCAAUACUUUUGGCCAGCACUGUAUAUUCAUAAACAUCUAAAUCAUUUAUCAUAUCGAUAUGUAAAUCUUCAUUUGGGUGAAACUACAUACUUACCUAACAUGCAAAUUCAAAUAUCUGGAAGUUAAAAAAUGAAAGCUCAGAGUGCGUUUACGUUGUAAAAUGAUUACUAAAACUUACUCAAUGACGGCACUUGGCUCUUGGACAUGAAUCAGUGUGAUAAUAAUAUCUAUGUAAAAAUACACAUUUGAAGAAACUAGGUACAUUUUAAGUUUGGACACUUGUUGCCUGUGUAGUAGUUACUAUGACAAGCCAGGAGGGGGCUCAGUCGAACUGCUCUCCGUACGUACUGGUGAUGCAAGCAGAAUGUGCACAACAUCCCUUCCCCUUUGGUUUGCCGGAUCGCCAAGGAAAAUCAUACUGCGUUAUCAUACAAAUGUUGGUUUUAGCAUCUGUGUUUUCUGAUUUAACAAACUACCCAUCAGUGUUGUUAAUCAAUUAGUUACAAAUUACUUCUCCGAAAAAGUAAUUGCGUUACUAACUCAGUUACCUGAAUGUAAGAGUAAUUAGUUACACUCUACCUCUUUCAAUCACUUCGCUUAUAGACACCCCCACCCCCGUCCCCCUCUUUCACUGGCCAAUAGGCCCCCACAUGGUGUAAACCGGAAAUACAUCUCGCUGACGAUGGCACCAGUAUAUUAAUAAUCAGUCUAGAUGUUCUAUGCAUUUCUUGUUGUUGUUUGUGUAUGUGUUUCUCUUCUUUCUUCUCUUGUGUUGCUUUUCUUCUGUCCCCCAUAAUCCCUUCCUGUUCACUGGUUUGUCAUAAUAAAUAGGUAUUUUGAAUGAUAUCAGACUCUCAAUGUGAAACAUUAAAACUGUUCAGACAACCCGGGCACUUAGACUUCCAUUCUCUGUGUCAAAUAGCUGAACAGGAAAAGUUUAAAAAAAAAAAAAAAAAGUAAAA